CUGUCCUGUCAUCCGUCUGGGUGUGGUUUUACAUUCUGGUACCGUUAACAGGAAAUAAAGCUCUAGUCUAUUUCACUUUAAUGCGAAACAAAGAAAAAGAAGCUUUGAACGAAGAAACAAAGGAACAAAGAAAUCGUUCUGAAGAAAGCUUUCCAAUAAAAGCUACGUUCGCUUCCUCGACACAGGAAGUUUUUUGGCGCCGUUGUUCUGAUGGGAAAAAGUUUUUGUUCCUAACGUUAAGCAGUCGUUUUUCGUUUUAAAAAAACUUGUGACUAAAGCGAUUGAAGCGUAACCGGAAGUAAAAGUAUACAAGAUGCCGAAAACGAUCAGUGUAAGAGUCACCACAAUGGAUGCUGAACUGGAGUUUGCCAUUCAGCCCAAUACAACAGGGAAGCAGCUAUUUGACCAGGUGGUAAAGACCAUUGGUUUGCGGGAGGUUUGGUAUUUUGGACUUCAAUACCAGGAUACAAAGGGCUUUUCCACAUGGCUAAAACUCAACAAAAAAGUGACCGCCCAGGAUGUAAGAAAGGAAAGCCCUUUGCUGUUCAAGUUUCGUGCAAAGUUCUUCCCUGAGGAUGUGUCUGAGGAGUUAAUCCAGGACGCCACACAGCGGUUGUUCUUCCUGCAGGUUAAGGAGGGAAUCUUAAAUGAUGACAUUUAUUGCCCCCCAGAGACUGCAGUCCUUUUGGCUUCCUACGCUGUCCAGGCUAAAUAUGCUGACUACAAUAAGGAUGUCCACGUCCCAGGGUAUCUGUCCAGUGAGCAGCUGCUCCCUCAGAGAGUUCUGGACCAGCACAAACUUAACAAGGACCAGUGGGAGGAGAGGAUUCAAGUCUGGCACGAGGAGCAUAAGAGCAUGAUGAGAGAGGAGUCUAUGAUGGAAUAUCUGAAGAUUGCUCAAGACCUUGAAAUGUAUGGAGUCAACUACUUUAACAUCAAGAAUAAGAAAGGCACAGAGCUGUGGUUGGGAGUGGAUGCACUGGGUCUCAACAUUUAUGAACAAACUGACAAAAUGACUCCCAAAAUUGGAUUUCCCUGGAGUGAAAUAAGGAACAUUUCAUUUAAUGACAAGAAAUUUGUGAUUAAACCAAUUGACAAGAAAGCUCCAGACUUUGUGUUUUAUGCCCCAAGACUGCGUAUCAACAAGCGCAUUCUUGCCCUCUGUAUGGGAAAUCAUGAGCUGUAUAUGCGUCGCCGCAAACCUGACACCAUCGAAGUGCAGCAGAUGAAAGCCCAGGCUCGGGAGGAGAAGAACCACAGGAAGAUGGAGAGAGCUCUGCUGGAAAAUGAAAAAAGGAAAAGAGAAACGGCUGAAAAAGAAAAAGAAAAGAUUGAGAAGGAAAAGGAAGAGUUAAUGGAGAGAUUAAAGCAGAUUGAGGAGCAGACGAGAAAAGCCCAGCAAGAGUUGGAGGAACAAACACAACGGGCUCUGGAGUUGGAGCUGGAGAGAAAGCGAGCACAGGAAGAGGCCGAACGCCUCGAGGCCGACCUGAAAGGUGCCGAGGAUGCGAAGAUGGCGCUGCUGCAGCAGUCAGAGAACCAGAUGAAGAAUCAAGAACACCUGGCCACAGAGUUGGCUGAGCUGACGUCAAAGAUAUCCCUCCUGGAGGAUGCCAAAAAGAAAAAGGAAGAAGAAGCAACAGAGUGGCAAACCAAGGCAGCUGUGGUGCAGGAGGACUUGGAGAAGACCAAAGAAGAACUUAGAAACAAAGUGUUGGCGUCUCAUGUGCAGGAGCCCCUGAAUGCAGAAAACGAGCAUGAUGAGAAUGAUGAGAGCAGUGCUGAGGCCAGCGCUGAGUUCACCGAUGCCGCCACGUACAAGGACCGCAGUGAGGAGGAGCGAAUGACUGAGGCAGAGAAGAAUGAACGCCUCCAGAAACAUCUACUUGUUUUAAGCUCAGAGCUGGCCAAUGCUCGAGACGAGAGCAAGAAGACGGUGAACGACAUGAUUCACGCGGAGAAUGUACGCGCAGGACGAGACAAGUACAAGACCCUCAGACAGAUUAGAUCAGGAAACACCAAACAGCGCAUUGAUGAGUUUGAGUGCAUGUGAUCUUUGCAAUGGCUAAUACUAUUGCCCACAAAUCUGGGUCUUCCUGCCUGAACUGCCUUCAUUACGCUCUUUUUUCAACACGCAAAUAAUUAAUUCAAUGACAUGACUGUGCUGCGUAAUGAAUCAGCAUUGGCCUGAAAACAUGAUUUUUUAUUUUAUUUAGACAAGUCAUUGGUUGAAAAGGGAGAUCAUUUACAUAUUAGCACAUUUGUCAUACUGUCAAGGAUGGGCUCUUGACUCGAUCCAAUUUAGAAUUUUUAGUUUUUAUUUUGUCACAAAUUUCUAACAUCAAGAUUAAGAUUUAGGUUUGACUAUUGAUAAAGAUAUCAGUCUGUUGUAGAGCAUACGCUGCAGUGUAGCAGUCCCACUUUACACUGUGUUUUUUAAAGGGUCCACACUGGAUGGGUGUGCAGUACAAAUAAAGCACAUAAGAUAAUGCGUUUAAUAUAAAUGACACAUGAUAAGAUGAUGUGUUAAAAAUGCUCAGAAAUUAGCCACACAGCACACACACAACACAUUCUCCACGAUUAGCCGUUGGACUGUCAACUAAAAUCCACUGAUUGGCCUAAAUGCCUUUUCUAGUGAACAUUUUUUCAAGUUCUGACUGUUACUCCCAUGUUAUGGUCAUUGUACCUGUGACUGUGCCAAUCAAAAGUUAAAUACAAGAACCAUUUGCACUUUUUGCUACAGAGGCAAAACAUACAUUUUGCAGCUCUGGUGUGGCUUAUUGGAGCUUUUAUAGAUCAGUAUUAUAUUUUGCAAAGUAUUUGGAAGCUGCAAGCUGUUACAGGCAUUGAAGUAUUUAGAACAUAUUCAUAAUUUCCUUCACGUUUUUGAAGACUUUCACAUCAGUUAGUAUUCUCAGCUCUAUUCUGUUGGUAUUAAGUAUACCCUUUAAUGCUUAAACCAAUGAGUUAAAAGAACAUGAAUAAUAAUUUGUGAAUCCGUACACAGGUAGAUGUUAACAUGAAGUCUGUAAAAAAUUUGAAACAGUAUUUUUUUUUAAGAGGAAUCUUUGUACCAUUCGUGUUUGAAUAGUUUGUCUGUGAAACUGUCUGACCAAAUAAAAUAUAAUGACAUUGUCUGGCAACAAACCAUUUUUCCAGACAAUUACAUUAUAUUUUUGACUCUGGAUUCAUUUACAUCAGAUUUAAUUAACCUUGUUUCACUGUUUGGCUUUUAUUUUUUAUCAACUUAUUAAACUGUUGUUUACUCAACCAAAUAGACAAUUUCCUUUUAUGAUGAAUGAGCUGAACACAGAGAAUCCUCUGUAAUUGUCGUUGUUAGUGAAGAAAAUAAAAAUCUGUAAAGGUUGACAUUAA